CGUAAGUUGGAAAGAUACGUUUCCAUUUGAGUUAUCGACAAGGCGGUAGUAGGUAUCAGGUUUGCCUUUAGUUCAGUGACCUAAUCGUAACUAUAACGUAUUUAGCAACAAUCAAAUAUCAGCAAAAAAUGAAGCAGUUGACGCAGCCUUUUACUCUACUUAUCUUGUUUACCUGUGUUCGUCUUUUGACUGCUCAAAGAGAACAAAAAGGAUUUUUGGGCACAGAAACAAAUGAGGGUGUCAUACUGGAUAGCACUGCGACAGAAAUACUUAAAAGCCCUUUGACCACCGUCUUCCUCCCCAUCGUCUACAUCAUUGUGUUCGCUGUGGGUUUACCCACCAACGCCAUGGCCAUUUGGGUCUUUCUCUUCAGGACCAAGAAGAAACACCCUGCUGCCAUAUACAUGGCCAACCUGGCACUCUCUGACCUGCUCUUCGUCAUCUGGAUCCCCCUGAAAAUUGCCUACCACUUCAACGGGAAUGACUGGAUCUAUGGGGAGGGGCUGUGCAAAGUACUGGUGGGGUUUUUCUACGCUAACAUGUACUGCUCCAUCCUGUUCAUCGCCUGUAUCAGUGUGCAGCGAUACUGGGUCGUCGUACAUCCCAUGUCCUUUCAGAGGAAGAACAAUCAAAUCGCCAUUGCGAUUUCCGUCACCAUAUGGGCUGUAAUUUGGCUGGUCACAACUCCGCUGUACCUGUAUGAGCAAGAAGUCAAGGCUGUGAACAUUGGCAUCCUCACCUGCCACGAUGUCACCAGACCCAGUGAAGCGCAUGUGGCUGCUGGUUACUUCCUGUUCAUGGGCAUUUUUGGCUUCAUCAUCCCCUCCAUAGUAUGCAUAGUGGCAUACGUCCUAAUGCUCCGGGCUCUGAAAAACUCCAUGACGGAUGAAAACAUUGGUAAGAAGCGCAGGAAGGCCGUGGUCCUGAUCGUUGUCGUUCUCGUCAUGUUCCUGGUGUGCUUCACCCCCAGCAACGUCAUGCUGCUCGUCCACUACUCUCUCCAAAUCAGCGGCACGGACAGCAACGGCUAUGGCAACCGCGCCUAUGGGUUCUACAUCACCACGCUGUGCCUGGCCAGCCUCAACAGCUGCGUGGACCCCUUCGUCUACUACUUCAUCUCGGAGGAGUUCAGGGAGAACGUGAAGAACACUCUGAUCUGCAGGAGCGCUCGCACAGUGGAGAGGAUGCGCGUCUCCUUCAGCGCUCUUAAGUACUCAAAGAAGAGCAACACCUACACUACAGAGUCCGAGAACACGCGGAGCAGCAACUGCUGACAGGAGAAUCUUGUCAGUUAUUUAGCGUGCGCGUCAGUCCUGGACACUUUGUUUUUGUUUAAUAUGUAAAGAGUCUGCCUCUUUUGCUGAUGGUUUUCUUUUAACAGUAACAGGUGUUUAUACCUUGAUAUACUGUAAUUAUGUAUCAUUAUCCUCCGUGCAUUAACUGGGUAAAAUGUGUCACCUUUAAGUUUGUGCUUAAAUGUUCUACACCUUGUGUGGUUUCACUGUAACUGUACUUCCAGAACUGUAAUGCGCACAUUUCCUAGCAGGUGAAGGAUAUUUAAUUUACUUUUUUGUUAUGCUUUACCAGUCACUAGUGUAGAUAGUAAAAGCACACUCUUGAUAGUGAAAA